CUAGAUCGCCAUAUUCCUGCCGCUCAGUCGUGUCACGAACACGGUCGCGCGCUUGUGUGCUCGAUUUGUUUUCGUAGCUGGAUCGUACGUGGGAGUGGGAGGUGACAUUUGGAUCUUUCUCAAUUUCCUUUUUUUUUUUCGACGUUAUUUUCUCUUUAAGGCCAGCGGAGACUUUAUGGCGUAGCAGUCAAGCAGUGCUCGCGGUGUCAAAGGGAAUUUCUCGUUUUCUUCUCGACAUGACUACCGAGGCAACAAGCAACAAAGGAUCGCCGAGCGUCAUAACGCUCGGCUUCUCGGUACUGACGCACUUCCUCCUCGUGGCUCCCGUGAUAUACAUCUUGGUACUCGCUUUCAGCAUCAACUUCAAAUUCUUCUCAUGGCAUCCGAUUUGCAUGUCCGUCGGGGUCGGUCUUCUAAUCACGGAAGCUGUCUUCAGCGUCUCCGGCGAGGCGUACCUCGCGUCGAAGUUACCCAGGCGUAACAGGGUGACGAUACAUUGGAUCUUACACACGACAGGCCUGGCUAUAAUCGGGAUCGGCCUGGUUAUCAUCAUUGUCAACAAGAUCAGGUUCAAUGGACAGCAUUUCGUAACGGCUCAUUCGAAGCUGGGCCUAGCAACGAUUAUAUUAUCCGUCCUGGUCGCGUCCUUCGGAAUUCUGGCGAACAACACCGCGUGGUUGUACCCGCGUGUGAGACCGAUUCUCCUCAAGAUAGCGCACGCUUUCGGCGGCACCGCGGUAACCAUUCUUCUACUGGCCACCCUUAUCAAUGGGACUUACACUCAUUGGUGGCCCGCAAACCAUGUCACGGGAAGGAACCUGAUCUUCGCCUCGUUGUUCAUUGCGGGCUUCCUGAUACUCGUGAAACCGGUCCUCGGAGCCGUAUCGAGGUGCCGGGUUGUUUUUGGACCACCCUCGAGCGAUACAUAAGGUAGCACGCUGGCGCUUCUGAUCAAGUCCGUCACGUCGAGAUACGUACGAGAGUUACUCCGGAAAUGAGGUACACACGCACGGAGAAAGAUUUUUUACCGGCACAGUAAAUUGCUUGUUACUAUAGUGGUGGUGAAAAAAUUUGAUAAGAAUAUUAAUUGCUAAUUACGCCCACUAAAUUUUAUUGCCGUCGCAACGACCUUUUCCAAUAGCAAACUUAUUUUUUCCGCGUAACGAAUCUUUUCGCCGCUGUAGUGUCUAUUUGCUCACUAUUGAGCGGACAAAAAAAUUUUCAUAUAUAAUUAUAUACAAUUAUAUAAUUAUAUACAAUUAUAUAUUAUAUAAUUAUAUAAGGCAUUACGUAUGAAAUU